CUCAGCACCGAAACCAGCGCUGAUCCAGAAAUUCAGGUGCCUGCAGUCAGUCAACUCCAGAGCUCGUGUCAGGACACACAGAGGACUACUGCUGGGACAUUUCAAUUCACAUUGUAGCAGUUUUGGAGUGAUUACGAGAAGAGUGAAAACAAUAUUAAGUUGGAUUUAAGAUAUACGGCUUGUAACGUAGUCUACCUCUGAGUCGCGUGUCGCUUCCGCUUUAAAACAGACCAGCAGUUUGACGGAGUCAAUGGGACUAUCUAAUCGUCAAUAAAUAAUUUUACCUUUAAUCUGACAGAAAUUGAGGAAUACCUUGGGUUUUUCGACUAUACGAUUGUAUUCUAUUCAAACCCAAGGCUGAUGUCCUCAGUGAGCAGAAUCUGAGACAUGGAUGACCCUUUAAAGCUUGACUGAUUCUUGCUGACACCUCAUGUGCUUCAUAACUAUGCUCCAGGUCACCAGAGGCCUUACGGCCACAAUACCCAACAACAACCCCGUGAAUUCCCCAACCUCACCCAGGGAAUGAUCAAACCGUCCUCUCUCGGAUAUACACAUCAGCAGACCUCUUUCAUACGGCAGGAAGGCAGAUACCCCAAAAUCCAAUGGCAUGGGUCAAGUUCUUCAGGAGACCGGGCAACCUUUCCAGGUCAUACCAGCCAGGAUCUAUGCUGUCUUUGGCCCCUACCAAGGGACUACUAAAUGAGCCGGGCCAAAACAGCUGCUUCCUCAACAGUGCAGUGCAGGUGCUGUGGCAUCUCGAUAUCUUCAGACGAAGCCUUCGCCAGGUCACAAACCACUACUGCUUGGGGGAUUCCUGCAUCUUCUGCGCUUUGAAUGGAAUUUUCUCCCAGUUUCAACAGAGUCGAGAAAGAGCGCUGCCAUCGGACAACUUGCGCAAUGCCCUGGCUGAAACCUUCAAGGAUGAGCAGCGAUUUCAGCUGGGCUUUAUGGAUGAUGCUGCCGAAUGCUUCGAGAACAUUCUAGAAAGAAUUCACCUGCACAUCGCACCCGAUAAUGAGACGGACGGCUGCACGUCCAAGUCCUGCAUCACUCAUCAGAAGUUUGCCAUGACGCUUUAUGAGCAGUCGGUUUGUAGAAGCUGUGGUGCAUCAUCUGAUCCGCUACCCUUCACUGAGCUUGUGCACUAUGUGUCCACAACAGCCCUCUGCCAUCAGAUUCAUGAUAAGCGGGAUGAACGGAUGCGUUCAGACACGUUCGGAGAGCUGCUGCAGGCCGCAAGUACAGUCGGAGAUCUGCGUAACUGCCCGAGUGACUGCGGCCAGAGGAUUAAAAUCAGGCGUGUGUUGAUGAACUGUCCAGAAAUAGUGACCAUUGGGUUUGUGUGGGACUCGGAACAUUCAGACCUCACGGAAGAUGUCAUCCGAUCUCUUGGACCCCACUUAAAUCUCUCAGGGCUGUAUUAUCGUGUCACAGAUGAGCGCGCUAAGAAGAGCGAGCUGCUAUUGGUCGGAAUGAUCUGUUAUUCCAGCAAACAUUACUGUGCCUUUGCCUUCCACGCCAAAUCCUCCAAAUGGGUUUUCUUUGAUGAUGCCAAUGUCAAAGAGGUGGGACCCAGGUGGAAAGAUGUGGUCACCAAAUGCAUCAGAGGGCAUUUCCAGCCCUUGCUUUUGUUCUACUCGAACCCUGAUGGAAGUGCUUUAAAAACAGAAGAAGCCCCGCAACCUAACAGCACCACCACCCAAAACAAGACCUCUGCCAAUGGAGACACACCAGGUACUCCCGUACUGGGUAAAAAGCUGGAGUUAACUCGGGAAAAUCUGACUGCGUUCUUCAAUCAUGGUACUUUGAAGCUGAAGACUCAGCCGCCGUCCUUGUUCAGUCGUGACAGUAAUCAGACCAGCGCCGGCAGAGGGCCAGUGAAGCUGAACUUUGAUCCGAAGAGUCGAUUCAGAGAGAUUUUGAGGGAGUUGCCUAAAGAUGGCCGUCCCGCCAACGUUAUAAAGAAGGAUUCGGACAGGUCACAGGCCAGACCGGACACACAAAGACGCCGCGAUGUACCUCCUGAGAAGCCACAUUCCCGCUCAUUGUCCCCUCCAGAGAACGGUUUCAAGCAUCUCGAGUCUCGGCUUUACUGCAGUCAGGGCAGGGGGCCAACAAAGGGCGAGCGUGGGCCUGUCGACAGCACCCACCUCAACUAUCAGCCGCGGUCCCAAUCCCAGCCUCGUGUCCCGGUGCAUCCCCCCAUCAGCAGUCAACCCCGGAGAACAGAUCUGGGCAACGGCUACGACACGGACAGCAGUCAGGAUUCUCGCACCUACGAAGUUUCCCGUGGCCGUGCCAACAAGGCAUGGAGACCGAUGCGAGAGGCCCUCAAUGUCGAUAGCGUUAUUAAAAGCGACGGUUAUCAAAACUACCAGAACUCUCGCAGACAGGCCUCGAAUAACGAAAGCGAGUUGUCGUCGUGGAGCCGGACCCGGUACGAGGAGCGCAAACCUAAGAGUUUAAUGACCAUCUAUGAGGAUGAGCAGAAGCAGGAUAUGGGCAGCAAGAGUUCGCUGGAGUCAGAAGGCCGUGGACCUCCGGAACAGGAAAGGGUGAAAGGAACGGCCAAUGCACUUACUUUACGAAACGAUAACUGGAAGAUCCAACGCACAGAGUCUGGAUACGAAAGCAGCGAUCGUCUCAGCAGCAGCUCGGCUAACCUGGACUCUCCCGUGGUGGAGAAUCCGAGCAAUAAAGAAAUGCACUCGAUACCAGAAGUACUCUUGUUAAGGGACUUGAACUACCAACGAAGGUACGAAGAAUUAAAGGGAGAGAUCUCACCUUCGUCCAUCUCUUACGGUGACCAUCAAAAGAGAGCUCUCGAUCAUUCCCCAAGUCCUCUUUUUCCAAGAAGACAAGCAUUUAAAUACAGCCCUGUUAAACAAAAGACUGAUAAAACAGGGCGGGCAGAUGUAGUCAAUGGGAACCCCACAUCACCUUAUUUUUCCAAAACCAGCAGUUCAGAGUGGAACAGUUCAGAUGACCUUGCCGGUCCCUUUUCCGAGCUGGACGAUUCCUCCUCGCGCUCCGAAACAGCUCCUCACAUUCCUUCUCUAAAAUCACCCAACACUACCGGUCCACCGUUACCUCCUAAACCCCACAUUCCAAAUUCAGAAAACCGACGGCGCCUCUCACAGGAUCCCUCUCCGCCCAGCCCUCAACAUCCUCACCGGAACGGUUCCGCUCUAUCCCACACAAGCCUACAGAAGUGGUUGGAAACCUCUGAAUCAAACAUGAUCUCAUCAGACACGAGCUCCAAAUCUGGUUCCUCUGAUCAGGAGAGGAAUGAUCUGUCAGCUAGCGAGGGUGAAGAGAAGUUCACCACCACUCCUAGAGCUCCAGUAGGCUCUCCAGUCAUUCCCACCACUUAUUUUUCUGUGGAUAACUGCAUGACGGACACAUACCGUGCUAAGUACCAUAAAAAAAGACCUGCUCUUUAUAUGGCGGCAGACUCUAGAGAUCACACCUCAUCUGGGGAAAGCGAUUAUGGGGAAAGGAUUUCACCAAUUCCUCCUUUAACACAAGCAACACAACAAUCCAGAGCGAUAUCGGUACCAGUUCAUGUUCCCAGUAAACCCGCUGCAAGGUGGAACCCAAUUUCGGUAAAGGGCUUGGAUGAACACGGCUUCCUAUGAUGACAAAUCUCAUCUGUAACGAUAGCAUAUCAACAUCAUUCUGCCUAAGACAUAUAGCCCAGUGGACUUUAAAUUGCCUUCCCUGGCAGAUGGGUUUCUACAUUUUGGAAUCAUGCCCUCAAAGAAAGAGUAUAUGUGACGGUGUAGAUCAUGUUUGCACAUUUUUAUGCCAAAAGUAACUUUUUUUUCUGAAACACUCCAGAUGCAAGAUGAGUCUAAAGACUAACAAACUAACACACAUGAAAUAAUAAAUAGCCUGAUAGAAAUGUAAAAAUCUAUUUUACUUUACAGUAGUUUGUUUUCUUUUAGAGGAAUGCUGACUGCUCCUGGUUUACUUCUGAAUGGGAACACUUUACAGUACGGUCGUAUUUGUUAACAUUAAUGUAUUAGCUAACAUGAACUAACAAUGAGCAUUUAUUAAUCUUAGUUUGUUAUUUUUUAGCAUUUAGUAAUACAUUAGUAAAAUCAAAAGUUGUAAAUGUUCAAAUUUGUUAAUGCACAAUGCUUAUUACUUAUUAAAGAAUUUAAUUAGCGUAACAUUAACUAAGAUUAAUAAAUGCUGAUAAACUACAUUGCUCAUUUUUAGUUCAUGUUAGCUAUGCAUUUACUAAUGUUAGCAAAUACGACCUUAUUGUAAAGUUUACUCUUGAAUAGUUUAACAUUUACAUGUUGAGUGGGGAGCAGAGCUGCUAAAAUGUUCAAUUGUAUUUUCAAAAGGUGAAAGCUGCUACAGGUGAAACUGUACCCAUGUUUAGUAAGACCUGCCUUGGGGAAGAGAAAUCAAGCCUGGCUUAAUUUAUGUGAUGGCCUUUGUUUGUUGGUUUAGAUGUGAGAGGUUUUUAUUUAGUCCCUGACCACUUCAAAUAUUUGCCUCUUGUUACUGAUCUCAGUGUAUUUUGACCAAUGUGCACAGGUUUUUUGUAAAGGACACUGGAA